AAGUGGUAUUCGGAUAAUUUCGCAACGACGCCGUGUUGCACAUAGCGCGUAGGUAUAUUAUUGUGUGGCUCGCGCACGCUAGCUCUUCUCAGUUUCUCAAGAAAGAAAAGUACCCGGUGAAGUGAAGAAAAAUGGCUGAUUCGGAGCCUGAAAUUAGUAAGGAGGAACUUCAAAAACAAAUUGAAGAAAUCCUGUACCAUGCUAGUCUUGACAAGAUCUCGACCAAGAAGGUCAUACAACAGCUGGAGCAGAAGUUAGGAGUAGACUUAUCUAAGAAGAAGACAAUGAUCGACCAGAUGGUGAUGGACUAUGUCAACGACAUGGAGUCGGAAGACGAGGGUUCAAUGGAUGAUGAAGAAGAAGUACCAGCACCACCACCUAAAGCGGUGAAGAAGUCUAAGAAACAACGCAAUGAUGAUGACGAUGAUGAAGAAAAUGAUGAUAGCAAUGAUAGUGAUUGGGGGUCUGGUGGCAAGAAGAAGAAGGUUGAAGAAAAGAAAAAGAAAGCAGCUCCUAAAUCUAAGAAAGAAAAGGCAAAGAAGGGCGGUGGUGGAGUAACGAAACGUCGCAAGGGCAGCGGCUACACAAAGGCUUGCAAGCUAUCCCCAGCCCUCGCAGAACUUAUGGGCGAGAGCGAACUACCCAGACACGAGGUCGUCAAACGCGUGUGGGCAAUCAUCAAGGAGAAGCAACUCUUCGACCCCAAGAACAGACAGUUCGCUAUCUGCGACAAAGCGCUUUUCAAAGUCAUAGGUGAGGAGAGCUUUCACACGUUCAGCAUGAUGAAAUACUUAAAAAAUCAUUUCUUGGACUAAACUUUGUAGUUGGUAAGACUGGAUGGAUCUAAGUCAGUAUUCGGUGAUGUCUUCGCAUUUUUUACAAUGUACGUCUCUCGUAUGUUGUUUUGAUGAUGUUCUUAAGGGGUUUUCAAAAUAAGCUAAUAGUAGUUGAUUGAUUCAUUUCACAUAAGGUUACAUAAGUGUAACUCGCAAUAUAAUGUAAUACUAAUAAUAAUACUUUUCGACAUCUGAAUGUUUGAAUAUAUUGAUAGAUUUGAGGCUCUCUUAAAGUGCUAGCUUUCUUUAAAACCGUGAUUUUGUUCAAUUUGUGUAAGAUUACAUACCUAAAAGGUAAAAACCACAAGUUUUCUUUUUUCUAUAGUGUUAGGCAGCUUUAAGUUUCAACAAUAAUGAUUAUUUUUCCACGUAUCUAUCCAUUUUAAGGUUGCUUAUUUUUUAAUAAAUUAGAUUUGAUCUAAUAUUGAAUUUGUUGCAUUGUACAAUGCGUUUAUUUAAAACUUAAAGCUAAUGGUACUUGUGUAUCCAAAUCUUCGUAAAAUAAAAUGAAUAAGUGAUGCUAGUUUUUGAAAUUAUACAAAAACUAGGCGAUAUUUUAUUUGAAAGGACUAAUUAAAUAUAUGAAAACAAAUUAUAUUGAUCUUUGAUAUUUUACACGUGGAUUUGGAUGCAAAUAAAACGUAUUUCUUAAGGCAUAUGUGAGAUUUCUCACCAUAUCGUCAUAGAUGUCAUUUUAAAAAGUAACCUUAUUCCGAAUAUUUAAGAGCCAUUUUUCAUUGUAAUUCUAAACAUUUUAAUAUCAUAGUUCAGAUUUUACUCAUAAGCAAUAAUAAUGAUUCAUUCAAUUUUAGACCUUAAAACUGUAUGCAUAAA